AUGGUCAGCGUCCACCCUCUACUGUAUAAGCCAAAGAAACUUACGUGGUCCGAAGUAGCCAAUCGUCUGGAACGACGGUUCACACUCUUGUCCUUUGACAUCACCGGUGAUCUUCUCUUCAGCGAACCAUUCGGGAUGCUCGAGCAUGGCUCUGAUCUGGUCAAGAUCGACAGAAGGCCCGGGUCUUACGUUUCCAUGAUGAACACUCUUGCGCAAAGGAAUGAAGUAAUAGAUGGGCUUCAGAACCUGCUCGGCGUGACUUCCGCCCACGUCAAGGAACGCAUGGUCGCAGCGCAAGACGAUCAUGACGAUUGGCUUUCACUUUUGCUCCGAAUGCGCGAUGAACACGGUGGGUUGCUCAAAUUUGAAGAGAUUGCAUCCGAGUCCUUGACCUUGUUCAUGGCGGCCAUUGAGACUGUCAGCAACACCCUCUUCGCCAUGAUGUACUACCUCGCCACCUCACCCCUUCGCUAUAAAAUCCGGGCUCUUCCAUAUCUUGACGCUGUGCUUAACGAGGCAAUGUGUUUGCACAGUGUUCUCGAGAUCGGUCUUCCACGGGAGGUUCUUCCUGGAUCCAAGGGAGUUCAUUUAGCCGAAUUUUACUUCCCGCCUGGCACGGUUUUGAGCGUCACAAUCUAUGCUAUUCACCGGUCUAAAGAUAUUUGGGGCCAGGAUGCUCAUGAUUUUCGGCCUGAAAGAUGGGAGAAGCUAUCGGACCGCCAGAAAACAGCUUUUAUGCCUUUUGGUCACAGUCCGGCAGCGUGUGUUGGACGUAACCUAGCAGAAGUUGAGAUGAAGAUGAUUGCGGCAACUCUGAUAUAA